AUGAAGCAUCCUUAAUUUAUAAUUAAUGAACGACUUCUCUUAAAUGUUCAAUUUAAGAAAUUUCUUUCUAAUUUAAUAUAUUUUAUUAAUAUAAUUGUUAUUGUUAUUGUUAUUGUUAUUGUUAUUGUUAUUGUUAUUGUUAUUGUUAUUGUUAUUGUUAUUGUUAUUGUUAUUGUUAUUGUUAUUGUUAUUGUUAUUGUUAUUGUUAUUGUUAUUGUUAUUGUUAUUGUUAUUGUUAUUGUUAUUGUUAUUGUUAUUGUUAUUGUUAUUGUUAUUGUUAUUGUUAUUGUUAUUGUUAUUGUUAUUGUUAUUGUUAUUGUUAUUGUUAUUGUUAUUGUUAUUGUUAUUAGCAAACCUUGGUUUUUCAUUAACAGAGCAUAGUUAAUUACUAAGUACUGA